AUGGAGCCAGGCAAGGAGAAAGCUCUCCCUACCUCUAAAGAGGGGAUAAAACAAAUCGCAGGAAAGGCCCUCGGCAAUCUGUACAGGAAGUUGGAAAGAAAGCAGCAAACAGGUGAGGUGAUCGAGCUGACGGAGGAUGGGAGACCCAGGGAGGGCCAGGAGAGGAAGACGCCUCUGUGUGACUGCACAUGCUUCGGGCUCCCGCGCAGAUACAUUAUCGCCAUGCUGAGCGGGCUCGGCUUCUGCAUCUCCUUCGGCAUCCGGUGUAACUUGGGUGUGGCCAUCGUCAGCAUGGUCAAUAACAGCACAAUCCACCAGAACGGCAAGAUCAUCAUCACAGAGAAAGCGAAAUUCAACUGGGACCCAGAGACUGUGGGGAUGAUUCAUGGCUCCUUCUUCUGGGGCUACAUAGUUACUCAGAUUCCAGGAGGGUAUAUUUCCUCAAGACUGGCUGCAAACAGAGUUUUUGGGCUUGCCAUCGUGCUGACAUCUACCCUGAACAUGUUCAUUCCCUCUGCUGCCCGGACUCACUAUGGAUGUGUCAUCUUUGUGAGGAUAUUACAAGGGUUGGUGGAGGGAGUGACUUACCCAGCCUGCCACGGGAUCUGGAGUAAAUGGGCUCCACCGCUGGAGAGAAGUCGUCUGGCAACCAUCUCCUUCUGUGGAUCCUAUGCUGGUGCAGUGAUAGCCAUGCCUCUGGCCGGGAUCUUGGUCCAGUACACAGGAUGGUCCUCUGUCUUCUAUGUGUACGGAACCUUUGGAUUGGUGUGGUACAUGUUCUGGAUCUUGGUGUCUUAUGAGAGCCCAGCAGAGCACCCGACCAUCACCGACGAGGAGCGCCGUUACAUCGAGGAGAGCAUCGGUGAAAGUGCCCAACUGAUGGGUGCCAUGGAAAAAUACAAGACCCCCUGGAGGAAAUUCUUCACCUCCAUGCCCGUCUAUGCAAUCAUUGUUGCCAACUUCUGCAGGAGCUGGACCUUCUAUCUGCUCCUCAUCAGCCAGCCCGCGUACUUUGAAGAGGUGUUUGGUUUUGAAAUAAGCAAGGUUGGUCUAGUGUCUGCGGUCCCUCACUUGGUCAUGACCAUCAUUGUGCCGUUAGGAGGCCAGUUAGCCGACUACCUGCGUACCCACAACAUCAUGUCCACCACUAUGGUUCGCAAGAUCAUGAACUGUGGAGGGUUUGGUAUGGAGGCCACUCUCUUAUUGGUGGUUGGUUAUUCUCACAGUAAGGGUGUGGCCAUCUCUUUCCUAGUCCUGGCAGUGGGUUUUAGCGGUUUUGCAAUAUCAGGUUUCAAUGUUAACCAUCUGGACAUCGCUCCUCGCUAUGCCAGCAUCCUCAUGGGCAUAUCCAACGGUGUGGGUACCCUGUCAGGGAUGGUCUGCCCUCUUAUAGUGGGCGCCAUGACAAAGAACAAGACCCGUGAAGAGUGGCAGUAUGUCUUCCUCAUUGCUUCCCUUGUGCAUUACGGGGGUGUGGUGUUUUACGGAGCCUUUGCAUCUGGGGAGAAACAGCCAUGGGCCGACCCUGAAGAAACCAGCGAGGAGAAGUGUGGCUUUAUUGAUGAGGAUGAGCUGGCUGAAGAGACAGGUGACAUCACACAGAGUUACGGCGCAAUGGGGGGCCCGGCUAAAAGCUACGGGGCAACAGCACAGCUCAACGGAGGUUGGGUGCAGGACUGGGAUAAGACAGAGGAGUACGUCCAGGAACCGGCAGGGAAGAUUUACGCUGAACGCGGCUACUCUUAG